GCGCGCACUCUUAAAGCGGCUGUGUUUCUGUGAUUCUCUCUCAAUGUCGCUGUGUUUCUUUCAUCUUAUUAAACGCGUUUUGAUCCUCGUUGGUUUUGAGUUACAUGGAUAUUUUUAUUUCCCCAGCGCUUCGGAUUUAAAUGGUUUAUUUGUGGGAUUUUUUUUUGGAACUAUGAGCUUUAGAAGUCUGCGAGAGGGAGACCGGAGGCUGCCCAUCUCAGGCGACCUGUCCCGGGUGUGAGAGUGAACUCGAGGCCGCCGGCGCUGCGGCCUAGUGCGGCUGGUUUCAUGGUUCUUACAACAGCACAGCAGAGCGCACCGGUAAUUGUCCAUCAGGAACAGCUAUGACGUCAUGUGACGACAGAAUGACAUUGAUUGACAGAUGAUGCUGGAGGUGCAGGUAUGCGAGGCCCUCAGCAUGACAGUCAGAGAAUGAAGAGUGGACACACAUGUGAAUCCGUGUCACACGCUGCCUUUGACAUGAACCUGAACCACCGUUUGACCUUGACCUCCUGCAUGUUUAAACCCCAGUCCGAAUGUCUGGAGGUGUCGGAGCGACUGUGUAACGGUUUGUCUGACCAAUCUGGGUUGGAGAAUUUCAAGUUACACUGUAAAACAAGCGAAGUGGAUCCUGACAGGGUCACGGUGACCCUCGAAGACGACAGCAGGUCUUUAGGGUCCAGCACUGUUGAAGAUGAAGAUCGUCUCGCGCCUGAAAUCCAACAGGCCUACAGAAUCUUUCAAAGCUUCCUUUCAGAAAAGCACAAAGCUACGACGGCCCCGUUUUGGCAUCUCGUCGGCCCCGGAUCGCACAGGGAUCAGGCCCCUGAUGGUGAGAUGUGUUUCAGAAAGAUGGAGGAAAAGUUUGUGAAAGGAGAGUAUGAAUCCAUCACAGCGUUUGUGGCUGACUUCAGACUGAUGUUAGAGAACUGUUACCGCUCUCAUGGAGUCCAUCACUGGAAGUCCAAACAGGCCCAGAAACUCGAGGUGAUUCUAGAGCAGAAACUCACUCUGCUGUCCAGAACACUGAGAGAGAAAACCACACUGGCCGUGACAUCCAGAGGACGCUUUGGCACAGAAGAUGAAAAAGCCCCAGCAGGCUCAUCGUCCAGACGGCGCUCCGUCCCACGAAACCUCGCGGCCAUUACUGUGGGCGGCAGUGAGUCCAUUCUGGUUCAAGCAUUGAGACUCGAAGAACUGCAGCGAGCCAAAGAAGAGAAACGGCGGCGAGAGCUGGAGAGGAAAGAGUCAGAGGAGGUGUCAACUCAAGAGCUGGAGGAUUGGGAGCGUUCAUUACUGUCUCUGGCAGAACCGUGGUCAGUCCACAGCACGUGGGAGCUGCCGGCCAUCGGUCACUUCUUGUGUUUGGCUCAGACGGCUCUGAACCUUCCUGAGAUUGUUUUCUACGAGCUAGAGCGCUGCCUCCUGAUGCCUCGCUCAAGUUCCUUCCUCUCCAAGGUCAUGACCUCUUUGCUCAGCCCUCCACACAAAAGAUCGACCCUCCAGCGUCGCCCGGCGCUACCGUACAGGAAGUGGGAGGCGGAGCUUCGGCGGAGAGUUCAGGGCUGGUAUCAGUCGGUGGGCAGGGCUGAAGAGCAGGUCGCGCGAGCCGAACACCUCGGUCUGUGCCAUCAGUUCUUCUGGGCCGUCGGGGAGAGGAAUCCGCUGGAGGAGACGCCGUUCCACCUGCUUUCGUUUAACCGGCGCGUUUGGCUUCUCAAGGGACUCUGUGAUCACGUGUACGAAACGCAGAAAGACGUCCAGGACGCUGUUCUCGGGCAGCCCAUUCACGAGUGCAGAGAGUCCGUCCUGGGCUACGACGGUCAUGAGAACGCCUACAUUCACUUUCCACACUUCUGCGGCGCAGACUUGAGGAUCUACUGCCAGACUCCCUGUCUCCCAAUGGAGUUUCCUCUUCCGUCGUUCCACGUCAAGAGGUCUGAGGAGGAGCCGAGGUCCCAGGGGUCAGAGGUCAAGGUGAAUGAGCUUCAAUCUGAAGAUGGUGUGAAGGUGGAGAUCGACAGCGUAGAGGUGAAAGAAGAGGAAGUGAGACGCUCCUCCAGCAUCUGUUCCCAGCACACACAAGAUUCUGGUGGCGUUCCGCAGGUAGAAGAUUUAAAAGACGUGAACGAGUCGUCAGACAGUGAGAUGCGCUUCAGAGUAGGAGACGGCUGUUAUGAAGGCAAAUCUCCAGCUCUGACCUCACGCCAGCACCUUCAGGACAAACCUCCCUGCACUGAAUGUUCUGAAGCAUCGACUCGCCGCUGUUCUCACUGUAACCACAGCCGGCCUGAAAUCAACCGGCGCAAACGAGACCAUUCCACGGAUGAGACGGCGGAGACAAGGCGUGCGAAGAGAAAGAAGAAGAGCAAGCUCAACAUGAGGAAGACCAACACGAGAAAACAGGAGAAUGAGAGAAUGAAGAAACGGGUGCAGAGAGCGGCCAACAGAACCAAAAAACACAAACUGAGGAAAGUGUUUGACAGUAAGACUAUGAAGAGAAGAACAGGAUCAUCACUGCUGCCCCUGGAACCAUCAUUACAGUUGGUGUGCUCCAGUCUGGAUGAUCUCAGACGUCUCAUCAGUCGAACUGAAGAUGAACUAGAUGAGUUUAACAGCACCAAAAAGAGAUCUGGAAGAUGGCCACACAAGAGAUCCACUGUGAAGGAGUUACACAUCACACUUAUAAGGCUGCUGAAUGAGCUGUUGCCAUGGGAACCCAAACUGGUCAAGGCCUUUCAGAAGAACAGAGUGCGUUUGAAAAAGGAGUGUGACGAUUUCAAAAAACACCCUGAAUAUGAGAACUUCAUCAGAGAGGAGAUGGAUACGGCAGACGCUGAAGAGGAUUCUUUGUGCGCACACACAACAGGAGAAGUCACCGCACUGAAUGAAGAUCCUGAGGCCGAAGCGCACGUAAACCAUCUUGUAAAUCACAAAUCAAGAUGGACAGAUCGCAGGCCUGAUGUCAUCAUGUCAGCUCAUGAGACGGGACCCUUCACACGUGCUUCAAAACGCCGUCACGGUUUACUGAAUGAAGAUCUGAACGCAUUGGAGAAAAGACAAACAGACUCCCAGAGUUCCUCGAGUCCCAGUGUGGAGACCAGCGAUCACACGACAAACAUACAACCAUCAGAAAGAUGUUCAGUCUUAUCUGUCCCGAGUUUUCAGGGGACUCACAAACCCAUUCAGGCGCUGCUGGCCAGGAGUGUGGGAAACAAAGUGACCUUAAUAAAUCAUCCCAGCGCUGCUCUAAUGGCUCAGAGAGCUCGAGAGGAGAACACGACAUCAGCACCUGUGACACCUGUCCAGCCGUCAGCCACCUGCUCACUGGCAUCCCGCUCUCAUCCCGUCACCACGGUAACAUCACAGAGCACUGGUCCGCUGGUGUAUAAGACCGCAGGAGGUGUGGGGCUUCUUCAGCAAGGCGGCGCUUCUGUGAUCUUGUCAACAUCACAUCACAGACCGGAGGAUAAACAGGUUGUUAUUUUACCUUCAAAUCUGUUAAGUCAGAGCACUGAGAGACACAACGCUACAGCAGGGUUUACUGUACGUGAAAACAAGGUUCCUGUCCAGCAGGUAGCGCCACUGAAAGACACCGGUGACAACCCAACACCAGUUUCACCUAUUUUAAGAGCGUUUCCCACAACCGCUGGGCAUACAAACACCACUGAACCAAAACAAGAGCUGAGGACUGUGUGCAUCAGAGACUCGCAGUCGAUUCUCGUCACGACCCGAGGAGGAAACACAGGAGUGGUGAAAGUGCAGACAUCAGAGAAGAACAGAAGCGCCACUUUACCGCACAGCUCUUUUACCAUCUCUCCACAACUUCAAGCCUUUCUCGUGUCGAAAACUUCCACGUCUGUUCCUGACUCCCCGAGCGCUACAUCUUCACCCCCCGUCAAGAAUUUCAGUUGGUUCAACUCAUCUAGUGUCAGGACGGAAACCUCCUCUGUCACCUGCAGCGAUUCAUCUUCAGGAAGAAGAUUAAUGACGAGUAACGUGCAGACUUCCGUCUCCAAAUGCGUCGGGAAUCCCCCGCAGGAGAUGCCAUCAGAUCAGUCCUCACUCCAGAAGAUGUUUCUGCUCGACCCGUCAUCCAACAUCACCUCGUCUUCCGCAGCGGGUGUGACGCCGGGGUCAAGGGUCAUGUUUGUUAAUCACCCAUCCGUCGCUAACAACUCCACACUUUCUGUUCCAAAAGGUGUGUCCAACGUUUCCCCGCCCGCGCUCAACGCCUUGAAGAUGAUUCCCAAUCUGAAGACGAGUAUUGGAAGCAGCGCUGCCGGUCCGGUGAUGAACAUCCAGAGCAUCUGUUUUCCAGGAUUGAACUCAAGGAUGUUGAGCGCACGCAAGACCGAAGUCUCCACUAAAACCACACCUGUCACGUCAAUGGCAGCUGAUAAAAGUCACGAGUCAGGAAGCGGUGAUGGCGUUCACAAGAUGGCUGCUUCUGCUGAUGGAAAGACCUUUACGUUUUCAACCCUGGGCACGGGUCACAUGGCGUCCUCUGAGCUGUUGUGUGUUGUGAAGGACCCGUCCACAUCACCCGUGCUCAACGUUCUGAAUAAUAAAUCAGGUUUCGGCUCAGAUUCACUUUCCUCUUUUUCCGGAAGUUUGAUGAGCAAACACACUACUAAACUACACGUGAUGUCACCCCCCUCAUCUGUUCCCCACACAACACCUGUGACAUCCCAUCUUACUUCGGUGCAAACAGGAAGUAGUUCUACGUCAUGUCCUUCUGUCACGAGCUCCGGGGUGAGAAGCGUGCAGGAGAAAAUUGUGAUCAACACCAGCGCACCGCUGGCUCCCGGAACUCAACUACUCAUCAACAACACCAGGUUUCUGGUUCCUCCUCGAGGUCUUGCUGCUGGCACUCAUGUUCUGCUCAUCUCCAGCUCGUGUCCUGGCGGCAGUCUCAGGUCUGUUACUCCCAGAGGUUCGAACGCUUCAGGUCCAUCGGUCCUUCAGGGUACAAAAGUGUCGUCGCAGGUCAGACUUCCAUCACCCACCACAUCUUCAGAUGGAGUCUGUCAGCAGUCGAGUCUUUCUAAUACUCUUCCUGCUGGUGUGUCAUCAGAACCCAGCUUGGCGAGCGUUGUGAGACUUCCUGUGUUUCAGACCUCAGAUCUCACACUUCAUCCGUCGCCGAGCGCAAGCGGCGCUUCCACGUCUGUCGUCUGUUCUCAUUCGCAGGGACGUUUAUUGAGCACAACGUCUGCAGUUCUACAGUCACCUGUGAUUUCCCAGAAUGCACCAGUGAUGACCAGAGCACCCAUGAGGGGCACUAUAACAAGAAUGCAGAAUCUUCCUGUUGCGACGGUUCCACCGAUCGGCUGUCAGGUCACCCCUGUCGCCACCGUUCCUCCAUCCGUGGACUCUGUUAUAAUGACACUCCGUCAGCCAAUCAGAGCGCUUCAACCUGGAACUUUCGGAAAACCUGUUGUUUCACCCCAACUAACACAAAUUCAAAGCACAUCCGCUCUACACAUGACCAGCGGCACCUUCAGCAAACUUCUGUUGAGUCCAGACGGAGCGGUUCUCAAUGUAAUCCAAACAUCAUCUGACACACACGUUACAAGAGAAGGAACGACGGCUCAAGUCAAUCAUCCAAUCACAAGAGUUACUGUAGCUGAUGAUCCACUGAGAUCCCAAACACAGAAUCCUGAGAGACUUGAUCACUGAAGAGUGUGUUCUGUGCUUUCUGCCGUCACAAGACGGAAUAACAUUUCACUGUUUUCAAAACACACGUAUAGUCUCUGUUAUGUUUGGAGUUGUGUUUUCAUGAAGUGUAGACAUUUCAACAGGCCAGUAAUGUGUUUGUGUGCCUGGUGUUUUUUGUACUCCAUUUGUAUUCAAGAGUUUGAAUGUUGUGUAGCAGUUUUCAUCAAACAAUUUGUAUUAUUGUUUUUGUUUCAGAGUCGUUCUUUAAUACAAGCGUGUUGUGUUCAGACACGCUCGGGUUGAGUAUUAUCACAUUUGAUCUGAAAACUGUUUGGUUUUGUGUUUGUAUGAAAACAUGACAAUAAACAUGACAUAUUUAUGAUUGAAGAAAAAGCAUUCAACGUUGAUUUAACAUUCUUACAGAUUUUAGAAAUUGUUACAUUUUAAAACGGACUCAGACUGAAAAGAAACACUGUUGUGUAGUGCUGUGAUGUCUUUAUUCUGAUGCAAUAAACCGUUUAUACAACAGUGAAACUGCA